AUGGCUCACUCAUCAGUAACCGCAGACCUGACCGUCGCCAACCUCUUCAACUUCAAGCAACAUGUCGUCCUCGUCACGGGCGGCGCAACUGGUCUCGGCGAGAUGGCUGCCCAAGCCUUUGUCCAGAAUGGUGCCAAGGUCAUCAUCGCCAGCCGGAAGAAGUCAGAACUGGAGAAGACAGCCAGUCGCUUGAACAGCCUUGGUCCAGGGAAAUGCGAGUACGUCGUAGCAGACCUCAAGGAUCGAGCUGGGUGUGAUGCGCUCUGCGCAGAAGUCAAGAAGAAGACUGAUCGUUUGACGGUUUUGAUUAACAACUCCGGUGCUACAUGGGGCGCUCCAUACGACGACUUCCCCGAAUCCGGCUGGGACAAACUAAUGGCCCUCAACGUCAAAGCAAUCUUCUACACAACCGUCGGCCUCCACUCCCUCCUCACCGCCAACGCCACAGCCCACAGCCCCUCCCGCGUCAUCAACAUCGCCUCCAUGGCCGGAAUUCAAACCCUCGACGUCACAACUGGCGACGAGGGAGGCCUCGCCGCCCCCGGUAGUGGUACCUUCUCCUACGGCCCAUCAAAAGCCGCUUGUAUCCAUCUUUCCCGCAUGCAGGCGAGUAAGUUGAUGCCGCACCAUGUUACAGUGAAUUGUAUCUGUCCGGGUGUCUUUCCGAGUCGCAUGACGGCGUAUGGGAUGGAGGCGUUUGGGGAGACGUUGGUGGCGGGACAGCCGUCGGGGAGGGUGGGCAAGCCGGAGGAUUUUGCGGGUCUGGUGUUGUUCUUGAGUGGACAGGGAGCUGGGCAUGUUACGGGGAAUGUUAUUGAGAUUGAUGGGGGGAGCACGAGGAGUGGGUUUAGGGGCAAGGCGAAGGCUGGGAAGGAGAAGUUGUGA